AAACCCACACCUUCAUCCCUCAGCCUGGAAGGGCGGGAAGAACACGGACAGAGCAGUGAGGUGCGGGAGAAAUAACUUCCUUAUCAGCAGCAGCUUGUAGACAUGUUAGAACCAGCAACCCCAACAGGUCUGCAGGCUUCCGACAAGCUCCACACAGCCGUAUACACAGAGUGGGAGGCCUCAGCACAGUGAGAGUUCCUGCAUCACAGUAAACUUCCUCUCUGACUUUUCUGCUCCUCUCCCCCCUCCCAGCCAGCAGCACCUCCUUCCUCGCCCAGUUAGUUUUUCCUGUCCCCUCCCAGGAAGUUUGUAGAACAAAACUGAUAGGAAACACAAAGUGAAAAAGGUUACACAGAAAUAAGUUGUAGCGAUUUCAGGGAAGCCUGAGGGAGAGGCUGGGAGGGGAUCGGUUGGUCCCUUUGUAAACACGAGGCUGGAUCGUCUGUCUGUGUCCGGAGGGCUUGGCACCAACAUGACGCCAGACCUGCUAAAUUUCAAGAAAGGAUGGAUGUCCUUACUCGAUGGCAAAGGGGAGUGGAAGAAACACUGGUUUGUUCUCACAGACUCUAGCCUCAAAUAUUACAGGGACUCUAACGCUGAAGAGGCAGAUGAGCUGGAUGGUGAGAUUGAUCUCCGGACUUGCACUGACGUGCCUGAGUUCCCUGUACAGAGGAAUUAUGGUUUCCAGAUUCAUACAAAUGAAGGUGUAUUCACACUUUCCGCUAUGACUUCUGGCAUUCGCAGGAAUUGGAUUGAGGCCCUGAGAAAGAAUGUGCACCCAGUUAGCAUACCUGAUGUAACAAAGCUUUCUGAAAGUAAUAAGGAAAAUACAUUUGUGCCCCCUCGCUCUACACCAAGACCAGAUGAUCUGCGUCUGGGGUCUGAAGUUAGACAGAGAAAAAUAGAGGUGGUAGGAUCGCGACAGGGUUCUUUUGACUAUGUUGAGUUAUCACCACUCUCCCCUGGGGUAGAGCGGGAUCAGAGAUUGGAGGAGAGGAAGCGCUGGUUUGAAGCUACUCCAGGAAGUGACACACUGAGCACUCGUCGAAAUCCCACUGCACCUCUGUCUGAAGAGCAGAAGCAGCGGCUCAAUGAAGAUAUUGAGGCUAAAUGGAAAGAACUGGAGCGGUUGCCGUUACGGGAGACCAAACAGACUUCUCUUACCUGUUUGCUUGCAGGAAACAAAAGCAAAACUAUGGGGGAGAACACAGCAACACUUGAAAAACAGCUACAGAGUUUAAAGAUGCAACUUGACAAAGCAAAGAAAGAAAUAGAAUCUCAGAAAGGAGGAUUUGAAGGGACAGUUCCUCCAGGCUUUAUUUCUCAGGAAGCUUGUGAGUACAGUCUGUCACAAAUGGAGACUUCUCACAAGCAUCUCCUAACCGAACUUCAGAGACAUCAUGAGUGGGAAAUUCAGAGACUGCGACAAGAGAAGGACCAACUGUUAGCAGAGGAAGCUGCAGCUACAGCAUCUGUAAUUGAGGCACUCAGAGCUGCCCACAAGGAGGAGCUGCAACGCGAAGUUGAGAAGGCUCGUACAUUCCAAUAUGGAGGAUCGACUGGAAAUGAGAUGCUCCGACGGCAACAUCAAUCUGAUAUGGAAGCUCUAAGACGGGAGCUGCAGACCCUGUCCGAACAUUACUCACAGAAGUGUCUGGAGAUUGGAGCGCUGAAUCAGGCUGCUGCAGGGCGGGAGAGAGAGCUACAGAGGUGCCAGCAGGAAACGCAGGAAUUGCUGAGACAGAAUCAGGAAUUGAAUAGUAGAUUAUCAGAAGAGAUUGCAAAACUGCGAACAUUCAUGUCUGGUAAUGGCCCAAAUGAUGGACGGUUACAAGGGGGAGAGAAAUGCAAUGCGGAGCUUGAGGUGUUUCUGCGAGUUAAAGAAAAUGAGCUGCAGUAUUUACGAAAAGAGGUCUCCUGUCUACGUGAGGAUCUCCAGAACAUGCAGAAAGACAAGAGAUAUACAUCAGAAAAGUACAAAGACAUUUAUGUAGAGCUCAAUAAUAUAAAGUCUCGCUCAGAACGUGAGAUUGACCAAUUAAAGGAACAUUUGCGGCUUGCCAUGACAGCACUGCGUGAAGAGGCUGCGUUACGGAACAGCGUAGGAGAAUAACGGUUAUUUAAAUGCCUCUUUUCAUGGAGAUAUGGAUAUCAUGUAUUUGCAGACACUGUGACAUCACUGCAUCUCUGACUGCGCCGGAAACUGCAUCAUUUUAUAUGUGAAUCACAGGAUUUUAUACAGUUUAUUAUUUUUUUUUAUUAAACAGAGAUCCUCUGCCAUGUGUCUAAGACAGUAGCACAAGGUCAUAUAGCCCAAAAUCUGCAACAUCGGUUUUGGGAUAUUUACAUAUAUUUUACUGUUACGUAUGGCAGAAUGUAACUGUUUGCUUUUAAAGACCUACUGUAAAUGUGGACAUGUAAGUGAUCUAAAUGCACUGGGAGCAAUGGUGGGAAAACAUAGUAGAGCACUGGGUGGAGCUGAGUUGUGCAGAUGUGAGUGCACUAAAUGUAGCGAAUGUAAACAAUGGCAGUAAAUUAAUUGCAAGAGUGAAUACCAAUUGUAUACUGAGAGAACCGAACCAAUUGUAUACAGAGAGGUAAUCGAUAAAGUGUCUGGCUGACUGGAGAAAGGUUAUGUAUGAACAUUUAUUAAGCUGCUGGGGAGUGGUGGUAUUUUUGAUAAAAGCAUUCU